UCUGUUAUUUGUAUGAAGGGUUGGAUUUCACCAUGGACUUUUAUUAUCAUAUUUCAAUUAAAAGUUUAUGGAAGAAAUAUUUGUAAAUAAUAAAAAAGCGUUUAAUUUAAUAAACAGAACCCCUAAUGACAAAAAUAGCAGCGGAAGCAAUAUCUAUUGACAAUACGUAACGACAACGGCUGUAAGGACAUAGGAUACUAUGGCGGAUCGAAGCAAUCGUGUGCUAUCCUCCUGGUUUUUGGAGCGUAAGGUGAUAGGCGAUCGUAUAAGACUUUAUAUUGGCGUCACUGCAGUUGGACGAACACCGGGAUCGGCCUUAUGUAUUCUAGAUUCUCAUUAUGUUUCACGAAAACACGCGGAAAUUACUGUAGAUAUUGAUGAGAAAAUCGUACUAAAGGAUUUGGGCUCUAUAAAUGGAACCUUUGUGAAUGGCAGUAAAGUACAUAAUAGCGAGAUCGAACUAAAAGCAAACGACUGUAUUGGAAUAGGCGUAACGGAUGAUACAGAACCGAGCCUCAAACAUCCAAUAUAUAAACUCAUAUAUGCGCCAAUGCCUAAAGUAACUACAAUUUUCAAAGAACCGAUAGGAAUUGAAACAACUCAAGUCAUAGUUGUAGAUGGAGAAUCUACAACAGAAAAUUCAAAUAUCGUACAAGAAGUUAAAAAAGAUGAACCUAAGUGCCCCUCCUCAGUGUCAACUUCCAUAGCGGAAAUAUCAUCUUCAUCAUUGUUACCUAGUGUUAAAACGGAGGUUUCAGUAACAAACAUUAGAAAACCCAAUGACAAUUUAAAAAAUUCGACGCCGUUGACAAAAGUACCGAUGCUUUAUUACGGUGAUGUAAUUGUUUUGAGUGACGACGAGGAGGACAAAGUUGUUCCUAGCAAGGAGGAGAAGAAAACAACUGAAGAGAGUGCAAGUAGCAAAGAUAAAACUAAAGAAACCGGUGACGAAAAUAUUUUUAAUAAGCCUGAUCCGGUGCUUUCGAAAACCAGCUCUUCAAAUAAACCGACGGCUUCAACUUCUGGUACAAUGACAGAUAAGAAAGAUAAUGCAUCUUCCACUCAACCAACGAACGAAAAAGUUGUCAUACAUGAGCCAAUAUUACCUGAUAUAAAGCGAGAGUUUGUAAAUUCUUGUUACGAAAAUGUGGUGGAUAUAUUUGGUGGCACUGAUGAGGUCAUACUGCAGAGUGUAAAAGCCAUUAACCCAUUGGUAUAUAAGAAGCUUAAUGAUGAUAAAACGCUGGAUAAACCACUUUGCAAUGGUGACACUAUCGACUUACUAAGUGAUAAUGAGGAUGACGAAGGCCAUAUAGCACAGAACGUGGAGUGCUUCGGUGAGCUAGUGCCGGUCGAUGCAAAAGAAGCACAUACAACAAAAAACACAACGAAUAGCAAUGAGAAUAUUGAAAAGGAAAAGCAGGCUGAUGAUAGCACAAGCCGAAAGAGUCCAAAUUUGUUUGACACUUCACUAAACAGCUCCAAGAAUUCAGUGGAUGAACAAAGGAGUGUAAAUAUCGAUGAACAAAACGUGGAAAAGGCAAAAGAAGAUUCCGUAAAUACUGCAGAAGAAUUGGCCGCUUUUGUUGAUAUGGAUGAUGAUAUGCUAUUCUCACAAAUUCUAAUAAACGAUAUCAAAUCUGAAAUGAUGUGUGAUCAUAGUGAGGAAGAAUUGUCUGUUGAAGACGAACCAGCAUAUGAUGUUCACAAAGAUAAUUGCCAAGAUAAUUUGGCAAAUAUACAAAUAAAGAAAGAGCCGAUUGACGACGAUUCGCCCGAUUCCAAAAUGAUUUCAACCAAAGCUAAAGCAAAAAGUAACGAAAUAGAAAAUGACGUAUGGAUUACGAUAGACGACGAUGAUGAGUAUUACGAUGAAGAGUUCGAACACAAAGUUUCCGAUUGGAGUACGAAGUUGCUGUCACAAAAAAUGAAUAUGUCACAGGUUUUUGAUUUUCAACAUGAUAAGGCAGACGACUCCGAUGAUAAUGUUAAAAAGGAAGAAGAACAUGGACUAAUGUUCGAAAGCGAUGACCUUGACUUUUUCAAUGAAGAACUCGUAGAUGACGUAGUAGCUACAUUGGCUGAAAAAAAUGGUGAAAUUAAAAACGACGUCCAGUCGUCAAAGCUUGCACGGGGCCUAUUGCACUCCGAUGUUACAAAUUAUGAUGCCGGGAGCAGCAAGCAAUUGUUACAACAACAAAAGAAACACAUUGUAAAAGAACAUCUGAAGAAAACGCAGUUGGAAAGAAAAUCAAGUAGUGAAUCAACUGAAGCGCCAACAGAUGCCGAGGCGGCUACUAGUAGUAAAAGUGCGCAGCGCAAUGAACGAGUUUCGAGCAGUGAUGGCAAAGAGAAGGAAAGACAUGAUAAAAGAGGCUUGGUUAAACCAGUUAAACGCUUACACCACCCGCCAUCAGUAAUCGAUGCACCUUGUUUGCCCAUACACAAGGGUAAGCAUAGAGGCGUCUCCGCAGAAACACGACCAACAAUGCAAAAGGAAAUGUACAAAAAAAUGCGUGAGAUCAAAGGACAAUUCCGAGAUGAGCGAUAUAGAGAUGAAUUGAAGAGAAAGUGGCUUGAGAAGCCAAGCGAUGAGCGGCGUAGAGAGAGCGAGAAGAAACGUAAGAUAAAAGAAUCACGCAAGGAAAAAUUAAAAGAACUUGCCGAUAAGCAAUUAGCAGAUUCGUCAAAGGAAGCCUUGCUGAAACGAAAACAUUCCACGACUGACCUCGAAGGUACGGAGAAGAAAAAGGCCAAGGUGAAAAUAACAGCAACCAAUCGUGGUGCGCUGCUUGCAGAGGACAUUAGUGCUCCUAAGAAAUUUACCAACACUUACAGAAUACCAAAAACAAAGCGACCCUCUAGCGAUGCCGCAACAACAAUUGCCACAGAGUCCACACCAGCUUCCACGGCUGCAACAGCGACAAUUCCCAAACCAAAUCACACAACAAUUGUAGACGCAUUUGCGCAGGAAAUGAAAAAAGUCGAUCAAAUCAUUCGUCGUCGUUUAUCGAGUACCGGUAGUGCUAAGUCCGUGUCACGUUCAUCUUCGCUGGAUGAGAAUAGGAAUGCGACCACAACAGCCGAAGCGAAACCGCUUAAUGCAGCCGUGCGUAAAAGUAAUAAAAUUACAUUUGCCUCCAUGCAAAAAAAUUAUACCGAAUCUCGCAUGAAUCAACAACUAUUGCAAAAAAUCACAAAUCAUCGCUCGUGUCUCAUAGAUGUGGUGCAUCGUAAUGCCAACACGGAGCGCCCAAAGAAGCAUGUACGCUUCAAUGAAACGCCGAUUGUCCACUACAUUGAACGUGUGAGUGGCGCAAAUAAGCGUGUGGACUGCAAAGAUAUACUCCCCAGUCCAACUUGUGCGGAUCGUGCGCAAAUGGUACGCCAAACGUACGCUAUGAUCGAUAAAACCGCACAAAUAAUAUCGCAAAUAUUGGGUUGGAGCAAUGAGUGGCUGAUCAAUCGUAAUGCUCAAGUGGAUGCUGCCAGUGAUAUUUUGUUGCCAAUGCCAAAUCAAUUUAACUCAUUCAACCAUUAUAAAAGCAUAAUUAUACCGUUAAUGAAAUUGGAAUUUAUCAGCAUGCUGGAACGUGAUAAUACCCGUUGUAAAGCCAAGCCGUUUACUCUUGCCCCCGAUCAAGUCACUCCAUAUUUGGAUCGUUAUAUCAUAUUGGGCCGUUGUACUGGCGUAAAUAAUUCGGACACAAAAUGCGAACUUGUCGUUUUGGAAUGGGGCAAAUUUAAGACGUUCGCGUACAUGUCGUCUAAGCGUGUGGGUUUUAGCAAUGUCACCAUUGUAUAUGAAGUGCUGGCCAAAGAGUUAGCAGAUUUAGAGGACUUACGGGCCAAUCUGAAAAAUCCCAUUACAGUGCGGCCAAUGGUCGAUAUUGUGCGUGUCGAAUUUGGUGCGUUUAACGCCGUCUAUCAGUUGGAGCAAUCGCCGCUGCUAAAGCAAAUACUGGAUCCAAUGGAGUUGUGCAAAAUAAAACCCUAUCCGAAAUGCAACAUACAAUAUAACGGUUGUGACGAACUAAACAAUCGCCAAAAGCAUGUUUUACUACGCACAUAUCGGCAUGCCAUCGAACCGACACCGAAUAUAACCUUAAUACAAGGGCCGCCUGGCACCGGUAAGUCCUGUGUCAUUGCGAAUUUGGUGCAUCAAUUGCUGUACGGCAAUGAGGUGCGCAUACUCGACCAAAAAGUGUUGGUUUGUGCGCAGAGCAAUGCCGCUGUUGAUGUUAUCGCCGAGAAGCUCUUCGAUAUGAGUCAAACAAAGUCACCGGAUAAAAUGUUCCGAUUAAUACGUUUCGGUUUGUUGGAGCGUAUUAGUCCCAAAGUACGGCUUGCUACUUUACCAAAGAUUAUUGAACGCAAUCAAAUACGGAAGCUGAAAGCAACCUGCAAAAAUCUGCAAAUCGAUCAUAAAGUCGACAUAAAAGAAUAUUUGCGUAAUGAAAUUUUACAAAUCGAAGCCGACAUAGAACGCAUGAAGAUGAAUAACGUGAAAAACACCGUGCAGGAGGAGGUCUUACUGGAGAAGCAGCGACAAAUACAAUUAAUGCGCAAUAUUGUGAAUGGCGUCUUGCGGCCAGAGGAUGAGAACAGCUUGUACAAUUGGCAUUUGAAGCAUGCGAAUGUGGUGUGCACGACGCUGUCCAGCUGUGUGAAAUUGUCCAAAUACGUAAAUUACUUCGAUGUCUGCAUUAUUGACGAGGCGACGCAAUGUACGGAACCGUGGACCCUAAUGCCACUGAAGUUUGGCAUCAAUACAUUGGUGCUUGUCGGCGAUACGCAACAACUGCCAGCUACGGUGCUCUC